CGGUUUAUCAUAUAUAGAUAAACCGUGUUAUUUCAUGCAUAUAGUAGUCUUAUGGGUUAUGAAAACAACGACAACUCUUAUAAGUAAUUCCACAUCACCCCCCCCCCCCUUCUUUUUAUUACGAACGACAGAUAUUAUUAGUAGUCCCCCCUUCUUAUUACUUUCGGAGCAUGCGCGUCAUUUACUUCCUUUUCUGUCUCAGCAUCCAACUUGGGUACAGGCAAAAAAUAUCGAAAAAUACAAUCGUGCAACAUCGACGUUCUUUAAAAGAAAUAAGUUAUCAAGUUCAACAGAAAAGAUGCUGAGGGCAAAAUCUCAACGGGCAUCGAAAUCAAGAAGCCCAUACGCUACACAACCGGCGUCCCGUGUGUCUUCAAAAAGUGUAUUGGCCCGGGGGCGAACAAGCCAUGAGGUCGGACAAGCGUCCACAGCGGGACAGUCUACAAGGGUUACUCAGCCUCCAUAUACCGCUUCAUCAUCGUCGGUGCGGACAACACAAAUAGAUGGGGAAUCUCUUCAACAGUCGCUCGGUAUCAACAUUCCCUCUGUACCAGUGAAUGCGAGUCCUGUUGCUAAUAUCGUGCCCGUCGCGGAGAUGGCAUCAUCAUCGGGGGCAUCAAUAAAUCAAGAUUAUCCUUUCAAGCACAUUGCAUCAACUCUAUCUAAUGGUUUCAAGAAUGGGUUUUCCUUACAGUAUUCAGGUUUAAGAAAAAAAGUAGAAGUUAAGAACAUGAUUUCAGCUCAAGAACAUGCUUUCGAACUCCAGCAAAAAAUAUCCAAAGAAGUUGACCUAGGAUGA